AUGCGACUGCGACGAGGGAAGGAACGGAGGAGAGAGUGGAGCACUGGGUGAAGAAAGCGGCGACUAGGGCUCUGGCUAGGUGACCGUGCGGCCGAGUGCAAAGGUGAAUGUGUGUAUUUCGUCUCUCGUCUCUCUUCCCCAAGACGACAGCAUCUAACUUUAGAGUAGCCGUGGUUGGGUGUGCUGGCCAGGGGUUGGGUCCUAUCCAGACGCUGUGGCUGCCUGCAUGUACUGUCUAACUAUGUAGCACAUUGAAAAGCAAAGCAAGCAAACCAAGACAAAAGCAUGCCUCCCGUCAAACGUCUCGCAACAACACGCUUCGCCUUUCCGGCCAAUCCCGUCUGCCUGGACCCUAAGCAGCUUGCAUCGCUCUCGUAUCUCUACCACUCCAUGUCUGCGCUUGGGGCAAUUCAACUGCCUGUGCCCCACCCGGGAGGAAGGAAGAUAGUUGGUAGUGGACGCCCUCGUUGGCCUGUACCAGACUUUCGCGACAACAUUUUUGCGGGAGAGAACGGUACCAGAAUAGUCAGUUCAUCAAACCUUGUAGUAGCUAGUCGGUCGCCAUCAAGAACGACAGGCCCUGGCCACCACCCAAAAAAAAAAAAAAAGCUGCACCCAGUGCAAAAAUUCGCCUUUGUCCGUCCGAGUGACCUCAUGCUUGCGCUGCUCAAUCAAACGUCGCGCCGCCCUCCCCCCAGCUGCAUGUUGGCGGUGGCCAUUGACCAGCUGUCCUCCAGGCUGACCGCCUCGACUGCCCAUGAACUGCCUGCCUGCCUGUCCUUCUUCCGUUCCGCAAGCAGUCAAACCGCCGCAAUGCAAGUGGUCGCACGCUUGUAGCAGCAUCUGAAGCUGCGUGCAUACCAUCUUGCUCCAAUGUACAGGCAACCCCCUGCCUCGUCUAG